CCCCUUGGGGGGGGGCUAAGGGAAUCAUGGGGGGAUGGGGAGACCCUGGUGGUGCUGGUGGCCAGGCUGGGUACCCCCCUGACUGCUCUGUGCCCCCCAACCCCCGCACCUCCAGGGUCCGUGCGGAGCCAGAGCCUGGAGCGCCCCCCGGCCGCUGUUGGCCUGGCGUGAGGGGCCCAGCACCUUCCCCCCACCUCUGGCAGGGGGACUCCCCAGGUGACAAGCCGGCAGUUCCUAGUCCCUUCGGCGAGCACACGGCCCCCCCAUGGCGGAGAAGGGCCCCUGCCCGGGGCUGGACGCCUCCCUGCGCAGCGAGGACCUGCUCAGUGACAUGGAGCCGCUGCCCCUCUCAGCCCCGGCCACGCCGGCCCAGCCCUUCGGCUCCGAGGUGACGGCCCAGCUCUACGCCUCCCUGCGCCGGAGCCGUCAGGCUGAGCUGGAUGCCUGUUCCCAGCUGCAGCCGCCCGACCUGGACGCCCUGGCCGAGGAGCUGAGCCGCACGCUCUCGGCCGGGGUGGAGGCUAGUGCCCGCAGGAAGGGCGGCGAGUCGCGGCAUGUGGCCGAGAUGGAGACCGUGAGGUCGCACCUGAGGACCAUGCUGCAGGAUUCCCGCGAGCUGCCCCCUGCAGGGGGUGCCCUUGGCCUGGGGACGGCACAGCAGAAGGACGACGACUCCUUUGAGAGCGACAGCACCACUGCCCUCCUCGCCGCCAGGCCCCUGCAGGAGCUGUCCUCGCCCGGCUCGGUGUGCGGCCUGGAGGAGCUGUUUCCCCGCUACGCCAGCCUGCGCCUGGGCACGCCCCCUGAGCCCGCGCCCACCACGGAGCCCCUGCUGCUGAAGGAGGCGCUGGCCAAGGAGCGGGCCCGCCGGAAGCACUGCGAGCGGCAUGUUCAGGGCCUGCAGAGCCGGGCCCUGGAGCUGCAGCAGCAGCUGGCCGCAGCCAUCUCCGCUGACAUGAAGAAGGACAGUAUGAUCGAGCAGCUGGACAAGACCCUGGCCAAGGUGGUGGAGGGCUGGAACCGACAGGAGGCGGAGCGGACGGAGCUGCUGCGGGGGCUGCAGGCGGAGAAGGAGGCGGUGCAGCGGGCGCAGAGCGAGCAGCAGGAGAGGGCGUCGCAGCUGGAGGCACGGCUGGAGCAGGCGCUGGAGGCCCUGAGCAGGGAGCAGCAGGCGGCGAGCCAACAGCGGGAGGAAGCAGCAGCGCUGCAGGAGGAGAAGGCGGGGCUGCUGCGUAGCCUGGAGGCGGAGCGCCAGCGCGGGCGGGGGCUGCAGGCGGAGCGGGAGCACGGGCAGCGCCAGCUGGAGGCGCUGCGGGCCACGCUGGAGGAGCAGCAGGCGGGCUGGGCGCAGCGGGAGCGCCAGCUGGAGCAGCGGUGCCAGGCGCUGCAGGACGAGAGCGCCGGGCAGCUGGAGCGAGAGAAGGCAGCCGUGCAGCGGGAGGCCCAGCGCGCGGCGGACGCCCAGCAGGUCCUGGCCUCGGUGCAGGCCGACGCCCAGCGGCUGGAGAGCGAGCUGGAGGCAGCGCGGAGUGAGCGGGACGGGCUGCAGAUGGAGAUCAGCCUGGUGAAGGCGCGGUGCGAGGCCCAGAAGGCGAAGCUGGAGGCGGAGCUGAAGGUGGCGCUGGAGCAGCAGGUGACGGAGCGGUUGGCGCGGGUGCACGAGGACAGUUUACGGCAGACGGGCGCCAUGCGGGAGCAGCACAGGAAACAGCUGCUGGAGCUCAGCGGGCACCACGAGCGGGAGCUGGGCAGUCAGCUGGCGCAAUUCCGGGCCGAGCUGGCCGAGCGUGAGGAGCGUCAGCGGCGCCUGGUGGAGGACUAUGAGCUGAGGCUGGCCAGGCAGGAGGAGACGGCGCGGGAGCUGCAGGCCGGGAAGUGGCGGCUGGAGGCCCAGCGAGCGGACAUGGUGGCCCGGCUCCAGGCCAUGAUGCAGUCGCACUGGAACGAGGCCCUGCGGGUGCUGACUGGCGAUUCCUCCUCUCAGUCCCCCGCCAAGGGCCCCCGCCAGCCUCCUGUCUCUGCCACCGCCUCCCUCUCCGAGCCGGAGCGCCUGGGCCAGCCCCCCAGCCCCACCCCGCCCGGGAAGCCGGAGAGCUGGCAGGAGGACCCCCGCGGCGGCGGCGGCGGGGACGGCGAGGGGGGCGGCUGGGCCUUUGCCCAAGCCGUGCCCCUGCAGCCCGUCACCCAGCGCAGCUCUCUGCCCCCGGCGCGGGGUCCCGAGCGCUUCCUGCCCCUGGCGCCCAGCGGGUGCGUCUCCGCCGAGCUGGCCCAGCUCCUGAACCAGAGCCUCCUGAGCCAGCCGGGCUUCCAGCCGCUGGAGCCGCAGCUCGACGACUCCGCCGGCCCAGGGCUGAGCUCGCACCCCCCUCACCUGGCAGAGCACCCCUACCCCGAGGACGAGGGGGGGCCCAGCGAUGGCGAAACCCCCCCAAACAGCAGCCUGGAGAGCGGGGGGCGGGUGCUCCCCGGCCAGCUGCACCCAGAGCUACAGUACUACAUGUCGCUGCUGCUGGAGCAGAUGCCGAGUGACGCCCCCAGGCAGGAGGGGCCGGGGGGUGAGAGUCCCCCCCGACCCACGGGCCAGGCCCAGCCCCACACCCAGCCAGGCUCGGCCCGGGACGACCACCCCUCACUGUGGGACACGCUCCGGCCCCACGGCCCCCAGCGCGCCCCCCACACCGCCGCCGUGCAGAAGACCAAGGUGCCACUCGCCAGAGCCAGCUACGGGCAGCGGAACCUGGAGCCGCCGAGCCCCCCGCAGCGCCCAGCUGGGGGUGAGGGGGGCGUCCUGUCCCCCCGGCAGGUGGCCGAGGUCUCCCGCCUGCUGCGGCUGUACCAGGCCAAGGGCCGGGUGGCGCCCUCCUCCGAGGAGCUGUUCGCCUACCUGCGCUCCGGCGACAGCAGCGGGCCCGACGUGAAGGGCGACGGGGGCCACGUGCACCCGCCCGCCCGCAGGAACCUCGACCCCAGACUACCCGAGGCCGGCAGGAGAGAGGUGGGUCCCCCCCGGCGCCCGUCCAGCACCCGGCCCGGCCCCGAGAAGACCCAUGGCCCUGCCAAGGGCGGGCGGAAGGCGGCCCAGCUCGGUACCCGUGCCAGCAAGGGGGGUGGCGUGUGGAGAUGAAUCUGGGUCCCCGCGGGGCGUCCUGAUGCCUUCACACCCUGCAACCCCUGGGCACAGACUCUCCCCCCCCACCCCGGUCCCAGGGGCCUCCCCGCUGCCCGAGGGGCCCAGUUCACAUAUUGCGUUGGUGCCAGGGUGGCACAUGGGGCAGCAGGCCCCGGCUGCCCCCCCUCAGCACCAUGUUGUGUUGCUCUAAGUUAUUGCCCCCCCCGUUGGGGCGCUGUUGGUUAUUUUUCUAAAUAAAGAAGAGUUGGGUUUUGCAGCA